AUGGGGCUCUUCGGCCUCUUUUCCAAAUCAACCACAACCGAAAGCAGCGCACGAAAAUGGACUCGUGCAGGUCAUGCGAAGUUAAGCGAUGUUCGACACCGUCAAUAUGGAGGUUUACCAAGUGAUAUGGGCCAUGAUGCGUCGAUUGGAACGGGAUCAAAUCCCGCCUGCGCCGAGCAGUCCAGAGAAAUUCACUCUAAUCCAUUAUUUCAGAACAACCCACAGGCGCAGCAUGAGCAAGGGCCUUUUCUGAAAGAUUUCUUGUGUAACAUAGGCGCUAAUAACACCAAAAUAACAUCCUUGGACUCGCGUGCCAAUUCUCCGCAUUUGGUCAAAGGCUCUGGACGCUUCGUGACCCUCCUUCGUUCCCGCAAGCCUCGACGCCCGAAAUCUCAAUUUAGUGCUCCCGGAUUCCAUGGUAAGUAUGCUGCUGGGAAUUUUGAUUGCUGCGACCAUAUGUGUACCGUGGGCGACAAUACUGGAGGCCAUCGAAGCGCAAAUGGGCAGAGGCUACUCCAAGACCACAGGAAACAAAUAGGGCCUUUUGAGGAUAGAAAGGCUAGCGACAGAACAACACACUCUCACAAGUCUGAAUAUACAAGCGUGACUGUGUCUCACCACCCGUCAAAACGCACCUUAACGCCCAUUGCCCUCUUCCAUAAGGAAAAUAUGCGUCAGAACCUGUUCGAUGAGUUUGUGGAGCCCUGUCGUCGAGCAUCAAGCUGCUACCCCCUCUUGGAGCCAUCGGCGACCACUACCAGCUCCGCGAUACAGGCUAGCUCGUAUUAUGGCGACAUGAAUCCCGAGAUCGCUUACAUGGCCGGAAUGCUUGCAAAGAGCGGAAAUCCCUUCAAUCAAGAACCUUUUUGCGACCCUGAAAACCUAUCACUCAUCAGUUCGUCUCGAACCGUAUCGAGAGGCAGCACUUGGUCGUUUCAUAUCGAUCGACACACAGCCGCUGUCGCCUUUAAUGAGCUUGCCGCUCAAAUACAUCUAGACCCACUGGAGUUGGACAAAUAUGACCCGGGCAAAGGCCUUAGCCCGGUUUUCCAAGCGUUAUCCACACCAGAAGUGUUCUGUAACGCGGGUGACAUGAAGAUGGCCGCCCGAAUCUACGAUUACUUUGCGAAACAGGUGUUGUCCGCUGAAAAUGUGCAUGAUAGGAUUGAGGUGACUGUCCGGCGUGGAGAAAUGCCCGUAGAAUUGAUCAAAAUUCUCGGCCAUGGCGCUUCCCCUAAACUCUCUUCACAGGUUCUCAGUGUUGGCUGGGCGUUCAAGGCUCUACUGGCCGGACUGCCUGGCGGAAUCCUGGGGUCGGCGCGCUUGUACCGGAUACUCGUCAGCAUUUGCUACGGGCGUAUCGCGGAGAGCAAUGGGUGCAAUGGCGGCUAUGGCGGUGGUCUCUCUCCCCCAGGCCACGCGAAGAUGCAAGCAAUCGGUCUCGCGGUCCUGGCGCUCACCACGCCAAUGCAGUUGAAUCUCAUCUGCGCUUUUUUCGGGCUCUGUGCGAUGCUACUAUACGAGACCGAGCGCGCGAGUGAAGUUGGUAAACUCGGGGGCGACGUUGGCCGAAGUGGUCUCACCUUGGAAUUGUUGAGUUUGGAGCGCCUCGGCUAUGUUCUUGGUCCACUCUUGACCCCAGAUGGGGAUAACGGUGGGCAGGACACAUUCCGGGCCAUCGAGCGGGAGAUUGAAAAUCAGCGGGUGAUGACGAUGUUGAUCAGCAGUUGGUGCAGCAUCAAUCGACAGUUGCGAAUCUGGCAGAAUCAAGGAUCGGCCGCGCGGCGGGGGUCGUUCUUCCGGUUAUUCAGUUGGGAGCAGUCGUUGGCCGACGCCGAAUGUCACAUUGGCGGGUGA